CCUUUACUUGAACUUGUACUUUUAAUGUCUUUCAAUAUUGGUAUCUAAAAGUAAAGACUGAAAAUAUUGAAGUACAAGCAAAGCUCUUUUCAAUAACCAUAGCAAUCAUGGACGUCUUUUACUCCUACACGUAUGGAACGGCAGGAUGGCUUGCAUUACAAUCCCUACCGUUAAUCAUAUCACCCACGAUCAUCAUUACAAUGCUCUCACCUGAAUAUCGAGAUGCUACCACUCUUGAAGAAUACUUCUCCCGGUCACUUGGCUUCACCCUACUGACUCUGGGUAUACUAACUGUUCUCCUGACCGGAUCUGUUCCCCUCACAUCCUCAAUAUCCGACACUACCUCCUCUGGAGUCACCUCUUCCGAAAGCGACCCCAAAGCUCCUUACGCAGUCCCCGUUCUCACGAUUAGCACUCUCUAUCACGGUAUCGUAGCAUUUCACUGCUAUGCACGCUACACAACCAUGGGUACCUUUGCGUUUGCAUUAGGAUCACUUGGUUCAACGACUUUAUUUGCGAUUGGAGGGUGGUGUUUACUUUUUGGAACAUCGCAUGGAAGAAUUAGUAAAAAGACGGGAGCGGACAAGAGGACGAGUGGGUUCCCCUUUGGAAAUCAGGAGAGCGCUAGUGCGAGGAAGAGGGCUAAUAGAAGGGGUUUGUGAGGAGGUGAAGAGAGUAUAUUUUGAAGGAGUUUUGAGGGACCAAGAUGGCUGGAUUGCUGAGGAUUGUUAUAAAGGUUGAAUACAGCGAAUGCCUUUAAAGGGAGAAAUACAUUAUGAGCAACGCGGUGCUGUGAACUGGACGAGAGUUAAAUGCCAUAUAGGUGUUAUGUUGAGACUUCAUAUACCACCUGGGAUAUGAUUCGGAUGGAUUCGAUUUGACGAUUAUACUAUCAGACAUACACCACAUCCCAUCACCUUAUAUACCAAAAUUCUUGGCAAGGUAAACUGAAAAUCACCUCCCCCAACGGCUCCCUCACCUCGUUUUGGAACAGCUAGAAACGCCUCAGUCAGCAGCAUACUUACAAAGCACGGCAUUAACGAUCUUUCAUCCGGAUAUCUCCUUGAUCGUUCCUUAAUUCCAUUACCACAGUAAGACUUGGUAUCGGAAAUGAACUCUGACAGAAACCUUUUCUUCGUAUGGUUGUCCAUUGUCCGAAAGUUAUUUUGGUGUUGCGUUACAUUGGCAUACAUUCACGAUACCAAAGUAUAACGUAUGCACAUCUCAAAUAGUAACACAUUACCAUAUACAUCAAUAAACAUCUAACUUAACCCUUGCAC